GGGAGGAGGAGGAGAAGGUGAACAAGGUAGCCGGAGACCGAGAUUUCAGAAACUUGUACAUUUGUUGAAACGCAAUGUCUUGUUUGAUUAAAAAGGGCCAGGUCUACUCUCCAGAAUCAACCGUGUCUUCUCUUCUGGAAAAUUGUAGCCUUAACAGAAACAGUGACUCCUUUAACUCCCACAGUCCAAUCCAUUACAAGGACAAGUUGUAUAGGUCUGCAUCUCAAGCUUUGGAGGCAUAUAUAGAAGAUUUUGAUCUCAGUCUCGCAUCGCCGGACAUAAGACCUGGAAAGAUCAGUAUUUCCCAGUGUACUCCUAAAGACUUCAGGUCUUCAAGGGACAGUUUCAGCCACAAGUAUGCUUUGAGGAACCUUAAGCAGCAUGCGAUACUAGGUUCAGUUGCACCACAUUUGAGAAGAAAAAAUGCUCAUGAACCAGAUAUACUCAGUCUCACAACAGACGAUCUUCUAGCAUUCCCUGCUGAUGGUUCUGUACCUUUUACCCGCAUUGCUGCUUUAAGGCCAGCAACUAAGAAUAACAACAUAGCCAGGAAGUCACUGACAGCAUCUACUGCCUAUGCUCAUCAUUGGACUUCAUCCUUUGGCAAUAAAGAAGAACUGAAUUUUCCAGAAAAUCUUGCUGUUUCCACUUCGUCCAAGGACUCUAGCAGAAAGGUGCGCACGCAACAUAAAUUUCACAAAUAUGACUCUGGGCUUUCUGCGAAAGAACAGGUCAUUGAACAUGAAAACUUGGAGUCUGUUUUGCAUAAGAACUAUCCAAGAUGGCUUACAAGCCAGAAAUCAGACUUGGGCAUUUCGGAAAUAAGCAGCAUUCCUGAUUUCAAGUAUCCAAUAUGGCUGACGAGCCAUAAUCUCUUAUCAGAUUCAAGUAAUGAAAGUUCCACCCAGGCACCAGCUGGGGAGAGCCAUCCUGGGGAUAGAUCAAACACCUUUGGAAGCUCUGGACAUAGUGGUGUGUUGGACCUACAGCAUAAGCACAGUAGUCAAACAAAUUGCCAAUAUGAGAUUCCAAGUGUCUGUUUUGCAGCUCAGGACUUAAGAGAGUACAAGCAUCUAUUUAGAGAUGGUGACGAGUUACUACUUCAGAAAGUGAGGCGAACACUGGAGUCUUCUGCUGAGGAAUUAACCAAAGUCCUGAAAAAUGAUGGCAGUCCCUGUACAGUGGAUGUCCUAGAAGCAGAAAGGUCAUGGGAUAAUGUUCCAUUUGGUCUGAAAUCUCCAGUGCCUGUGUGUUGUGAGGAGGAGGAGAAUGCCCUACAAUGCCCCAAAGCAAGCAUUGUUAAUGGAUUUUUGGAAGAUUGUUUAAAGAAUGACAGACCGGAGAGUACAUUUUCUGGAGGGAAUCAUCAUGGCCCUGUGGAAGCUUUGAAGCUAAUGCUGUUUAAUCUUCAAGCAGUUCAGCACAGCUUUAACCAGAACAAAACUCCUGGACAAAAGGAGGAGUUUAAAAAAACUUUAGAUGAAGAACUAGAAUUUAAGCUGUGUGGUCAUGAUGUGAUCCCUGUAAGAAAGUCCCUUCAGAGGGCUUUACAUCAUUUAUCCCGACUUAAAGGUCUGGUUGAAGAUCCAGGUGGCAAAGAAGAAUCAAAAGAAUUUAUCAAGACUUGAAGCCUGAACGGUCAUAAAUGUGUGUCAACCGUCAUGGAGUGUAGUGGGAAAAUUCCUUGGGCAAGUCUGAUCAUGACUUGGGCACUCAUGAGAAUCUUUGAAGGAGCGACAGUAUUUCUGUAAUUCUUCAGUCUUUGGGCCAAAUUAAAUAAAUCUCAAACUGCUGUGCAUGCAUAGCCCUCCAACUCACUGGAGUCUAAUUGGAUGUUCCUCACUGAAAACAUGUUAAGUUUUCAUAAAUUCUUGCCAGCACUGAAAGACCUGCCCUUGCUCAUAGAAAAGGGCUGUAUUAGUCCAGGGACAUUUUAGGUGGCUUUUGAUCAAUAAAAAUCGAGUCUAAAGCCCCACUUGGCUCAUGGAAGUAAUUUCACAGUUCUUUAAAACCCUGGCAACAGAGGCCUGGAUGGAGAGAAUAGGUAUUACACCAAAACAAAUAGACGAUAAAAAUACAUUUUGUGGAGACAGAUAUGGGAAAUCCAGAUCAUGAAAUGAAAGUAUUACAACAAUAUUAUCACACAAGUUCAUGCAAGUCAGCCUGGUGUGGUUGUAUGAGGGUGAGCUAGAGUGAAAUGUGUGGCUGAAUUGUCGGUGCUAGAAAUGCUAGUUUAGUUCUCUCAGAAUACAGGCUGUUCCCUUCACGUCUAAGCGCUCUCAGGAUCAUAAGAUUAGAUUUCAACACAGCAACAAUAUGUUUGGAGAUGCGUGGAUGACACAUCACAAUUCUCUGGGAAACCGUGUGUCAAGCUGUGAUGUCUAGCACGUACUGAUUAGAACUGCCAUGCUGUGUAUGGUUUUGGAAGUUGUACGUUG